GUCGAUUUGUUUCGCUUUUCGUUAUUCGAUACGCCAUCCAUCUUUCUUUUCCUGUACGUUGCUCGUUGAUGGUCGAGGCGUCCUCAGCUCUUGAAUUUUGAAAUUUUUGUUUAAACAGUCGCCAAAAUGUCUGACGCGUAUGGUGGAGGUGGUGGUGGUUAUGAUUACACUCAGCCACCUCCGAACUCAGGAUAUCAAAGUAGCGGUUACAACUCUGGACAAGGCGGCGGUUAUGGACAGCAAAGCGGUGGUUAUGGACAAGACCAAUCUGGUGGAGGAGGAGGAUGGGGGGGACAGGGAGGUGGCCGAGGUCCUUCGCAAGGCGGGUAUGGUGGUGGACAAGGUGGUUAUGGAGGCGGUGGCGGCGGAGGCUAUGGUGGCGGCCAAAGUGGCGGAUACGGUGGUGGCGGCGGAGGAUAUGGCGGUGGUAGGGACCGUGGAAACUCCGGUGGUGGAAUGGAUCGCGGCUAUGGAGGUGGCCAGCGUGGCGGUUUUGGCAAAGGCGAUGGAAGUCUCGUAAUUCAACAGGACACAAUUUUUAUAUCUGGAAUUGACCCCAAUUUCACAGAGGAUGAUAUUGCUGAUCAUUUUGGAUCUAUUGGCAUCAUUAAGAUGGACAGACGUACCAACAAAAAGAAGGUUUGGUUAUACAAGGACAAGAACACAGGAAUGUCGAAGGGCGAAGCCACUGUCACAUAUGAUGAUAGCAAUGCUGCUCAGAGUGCCAUUUCAUGGUUUGACAACAAAGAUUUCAGAGGAUCCACCAUCAAGGUUCAAUUGGCAACGAAAAAAGAUAACUGGUCUGGCGGCAUUGGAGGCGGCGGUGGCAUGGGUGGUGGCGGCGGCGGUCGCGGAAUGGGUGGUGGCCGUGGCGGAGGCGGCGGAUUCGGCGGCGGCGGUGGUUUCGGCGGCGGUGGCCGAGGAGGAGGUGGAGGCGGAUUUGGAGGUGGCGGUCGCGGUGGCGACAGAGGAGGUAGGAAUAUGGGAGGUGGUGGUGGCGGCGGUGGUCGUGACCGUGAGUCCAGAGAUGGCGACUGGAAAUGCUCAAACCCGGAUUGCUCAAACACAAACUUUGCCUGGAGAAAUGAAUGCAACCGGUGUGGGGAUCCAAAACCUGCUGGAGCUGGUGGUGGUGGAGACGAUAGACGUGGAGGUGGAGGUCGGGACAGAGAUGGUGGUGGCCGCAGAGGUGGUGGAGGAUUCCGUGGGGGCGACCGAGGUUUUGGCGGAGGUCGUGGCGGCGGCAGAGGUGGUGAUAGAGGAGGCAGAGGAUUCGGUGGAGGUCGAGGAGGUGGCGGCAGAGGCGGCGGCGGCAGAGACCGAGGUGGUAGAGAUGGUGGCCGACCGAAGCCAUAUUAAUUUUAUAAUCAAUAGUUUUAGAUUAAGUACACUUUUUUUUUUGUUGUCGACAUCCAAUAAUAAUAUUAGUUAUUGGUAUUUAGUGCAAGAAAGAUGUACUGAAAAAGGUGAAAAUCAUGUAUGAUCAAUACAUAAAAGGGGUUGUUUGUUCUCUUCAAGAUGAGAUAAAUUAGAUGAUUUAAUCCUCUUCAAAAGCAAUCUCUAUAAGUUUUCGGACGCACCUUUUUCGGUUUUGUUUAAAAACAUCUGACUUGUAGAAUAAGUUUUGUAAAAAUCCAAUAAUAUGUGUUUUGUAUUUAUAUUUAUAUGCAUUGAAAAGUAUGAGAGACUGUAUAUUAAUUAAUUUUUUUGUCAAAUAAACAAAAUUUUUAAAAAUGUA